AUUACAGGGACGGGAAGUCAAAAUCGCCAACUUCACAUUGUCCAACUACAGAAUCCGACGACUCGACGACCCCUCACACUGCCGAUACGAUAUUAUCUAUACUCACGACACGCCCUAAGAAAUAUACUUGUUCAGCUAUACCCUCGACAAACGGCGCAAUGCCUUCUGAAACUUCCGUAGUCUCGUCGGGUUUCCGAUGGCUGCAACGCAAGAGAUAUCAGUAUGAAGUCACAUUCAGUCUGUACAUGUUGACGCCGACGGAGAAGUUCAUCUUCAACUCCUGCAUAUUCAUCAUCUUCUCCAUGGUCCUGAUCGCUGGCUGCCUCUACCUCCCGCAACACAUCACCUUCCUCAUGAACCGGGCUUGGUUCUACUACCAAGGCGACGCGGAUUCCAAGGAUGCAUUCUCGUCGAGCGUCGCAGUGGCGACGACACUGGGAGACCGACUCCGCGCUGUGGUUGAGACGGCGAGAGCGAGCGCUGCGACUGCGGCUCAGAAAGAGUUGUAGUGGCAUGGCGACAUGGAAUACACCAAACGGAUAGACGGACACGAGAGGUACAUAUGGUGCGGGGAGGUUAGAGGAAAGGAAGUGCCUGGCGCAUGUAUAAAAUAGGCUGUAUCCGAUUAUGGGACAGGGAGUUAGGGGCAUCUUUACUGCAGUAGACGAUGGGAGAUGGGAGCUUUACUACCGGGACGGAAGCGCUCGAUGGAUAUAAUGUUUAAUGCACAGUGGAUAGAAAUUGAGAGGGUUCGGCAUCGAGC